GUUAUUUUAGGAGGAAGCGUCACGGGUGGUCUGGGCCGAUGGAGCGUAUUUAACCCGCCUGGGAGCCUGAACAGCCACAUCAAACCCACAGGCUUCGACUCGAGCCUUAUGUUCAGGCGUUGAUAAAUAUCAGAGGAGGUUUCUAAGAUGCCAAACUGGGGCGGAGGCACCAAGUGUGGCGCCUGUGAGAAAACGGUUUACCACGCCGAGGAGAUCCAGUGCAACAGCAGGAGUUUCCACAAAACCUGCUUCAUCUGCAUGAGCUGCAGAAAAGGUCUGGACAGCACCACAGUUGCAGCACACGAGUCUGAGAUUUACUGCAAGUCGUGCUACGGGAAGAAAUACGGGCCAAAAGGCUACGGAUAUGGACAAGGAGCUGGAGCGCUGAGCUCUGAUCCUGUGGGACAGGAUGGAGAACCGCAGCUGCAAAACUCUAAACCUCGACAAGCCUCUCCCAACCCCAACGCCAGCAAGUUCUCGCAGAAGUUCGGUGGCUCGGACCGCUGCCCCCGCUGCUCCAAAGCGGUGUACGCAGCUGAGAAGGUGAUGGGAGCAGGAAAGGCCUGGCAUAAAACCUGUUUCCGCUGCGCUCUGUGUGGUAAAAGCCUGGAGUCGACCACAGUGACCGAUAAGGACGGAGAGCUGUACUGUAAAGUUUGCUACGCCAAAAACUUCGGCCCAAAAGGAUUUGGUCUGGGAAACGAGGCCAUGUUGGAGGAACGAGAAUAAACCGGCGGUUCUGCUGAAGCUCAAACCCGAUCACAGCGUCUCAAAACUGGAAGAUGGAGGAGCACAAACCAAAUCCUCAGCAACAUUCAGAAGAUUAUGGGGAAAAAUGUGUACAACACUAAAUAAAAGCAUUUUGUUACAUUGAAA